CCGCGCGCUUCCCGCCCGGAGCCGGCCGAGAGAGGAGCGGCCGCCAUGGAGGGGCCGGGCGCGGGGGCCCUGAGCGGCGCCGAGAAGGAGAAGCUGAGGGAGAAGCUGGCGCUGCUGCGGCGGGAGUACAGCGAGACCGUCAGCCGGCUGCGGCGGGCGCGGAGAGCCGAGCGAGCCCGGAGCCACGGCUGGGGCGGGACGGAGGGGGGAGGCCGGCGGCAACCGAGCCCCUCAGGUUCUAGAGAUAACUUGUCUCCUAGUGCUGACAAACAUGAAACCUCUCAACUACAGACUAAACCCAGCUUGGAUCUUGACACAGAGAAGAAAACAUCUGUCAGAUGUGAACAUGUCCCUGAAUUCUUCAGUAAGGAGGGUGACCAGCAGGACAGCUCUGGGGCAGGGAGCACACAGGACAGCCAGGAAGGCCUCUGCUGUGGAAGUGUCAGACCUGCCCCUGAGGGGAAAAAACCCCAAACCUCCAGGAGCCUGAUGAAGCUGAGGAGACGGACGAAGGCUCCGGUAUUGGAAGAAAGGGAAUCUGUGUGUGAUGUGCAUCUAACCAAGGCUGAUGGAAUGGUGACAACUGCCCGUGCAGAGGAGCUUCGGUCUCCUGUCUUCAGGCGGAGCAGCCUCUUGGACACUGAGCAAAAUGCCCAGACAGCACCAAGAGCAGCACUUGUGUGGAGAGAAGACAACAGGUUGACUCCUCCUGAUGCAGCAUUUGGAGUUGUACAAGGGGUGCUUGAGGACAGUGUCCUUCCAGCAGUGCCUGAGCUGUCCCCGUGUGCCCUGAGGGACAGCAGCUGUGUCUGGCAGCCCAAGUCCCCAGGUGCUGCAGCCAUGUCUGAUAACCCUGGGCCUGCACAGCUGUGUUUAGAGAACAGUGACUCUGUUUUACUGGACACCAGUGGCAAUGGAGGAAAAGAAUCCCCCAGGAUAACACAACAAGUGGAUGGGGAGAGUGUGUGUGAAGAUCAGGGAGAAUUACGCAGGCUCCUGGAUUUCAUGUCAGAAAAUGAAGUAUUGCCUGCUGAUGGAAUUAACACUGAAACUAAUGAGGGCAAAAGCUGUGAAGGAAAUCAAAGUGAUACUAAUUCCUUUCCUGCAGAUCUUGCUCUGGGAAGUGUUGAAGAACUGAUGGAGAAUCAACAGCUUGAAACUCAGUCAAGACUUUCUCCUCCAGAAAAGGUGACAGCUCCCGAAAGUGCACUGAACUCUUGCACCAUGGUUGAAGGGCUUCUCUUCCCAGUGGAAUACUAUGUCAGGACAACUCGGCGCAUGUCUAACUGCCAGAGGAAAGUGGACCUUGAAGCUGUGAUUCUCAGCCAGCUGGGCAGAAGCAAGAAAGGCCAGCGAAGUAAGUGCAAGCAGAAAGAUGCAAAUUCAGAUCGGUCCUCCCAAGAAAUAGCUGAGAAUGGUUUGGAGUCAGGAGUCAUGCCCUUCCCUUUUCUUGGUGCAGAAAAUGAUGCAAGCAGUCCUCAGCAAUCUCCUCCUGCAUCCAGCAGCAGCAGCACGUCGCUUGGAUCGGUUUCUCAAAGCAGCAUCACCAGCACAAGGCGAGACCUGAGGCGACGGCAGCGGAGACGGAAGGGAAGAGGGUCUGGCUGCACCCCUGGGCAGUGGGGCUCACAGGAGCUGGGAUUGAGCUCGGGGCUCAUGGUGCCAGGGCAAAGCAGUUGUCCCCUGUCAAAUGUGUGUCAGGGUGAAAAGGAAAGCUGUGAUCUUGGAAAAGCACCUUCAGAUGAGAGCAGGUUGUCUGCUGCUGCAGCCCUUGGGUCUGGGAAGACCAACGUGCCCAGCGCCGUCCAGCCAGCGAGUGCGAGUCCUGCUCCUGGGGGAAGCCAAGUGCUUGGCAAAUGCCCAAAGACUCUGCUAGAGCAGGCUCAAAAUCCUCUUCAGAGCAGUCAUUCUCUGACCCCAGGGAAUGAAGCUUUACCUGGCCAUGUAGGAGAUCUGGAAGCCAACUUACACGCCGAGAACCAGCCCGUGCACGGAGCCCACAGGGAUGAGCAGCUCCCAGUGAUCAACGUCCCUCUGCGCCGCUCCCGGCGCUCUGCACGGCACAGGGACAGCCCAGCCUCCCCAGGGCCUGCAGCCUCCCCAGGGCCUGCAGCCUCCCCAGGGCCUGCAGCCUCCCCAGAUGAGAGCAAAAGAGGACGUAGCCAUCCAGCAGCUUCUGAGGGUCCUGCUUCUCCUGGCCUCCCUGCCACAGACCUCAAUACCUGCAGCUCUCGCCUCCCCUUCCGCAGCCUGCAGUGGCUGGCCCCCACUCUGGGUGUCAGAGACUUUCACCUGCCUGAUGAGGAAUUUGGACCACUAAAACUUGAGAAAUUGGCAUCUUCCCCUGUGAAUGACUUGGAAGUUUUUGUUCCCAGUGUGUUUGGAGAUGAUGCCGCUUCAGAGGACGAACCAGAUGCACAAAUGGAUCCAGAAGGGAAAAGGCUCACAAGUAAUUUGCUUUUGCCCUUGAGAACUAGAUGGCCCAAGUUACCUCAUGGAGAAAGCCCAGCUUCCAAGAGGGAACUUCCCACCCGUGAAUUGCUCUUUACGCCCAUGGGGAGUGUCCUAGCUGCUGCUCCCCUUCAGCCCGAGUCCCAGAUUUCUGAGCCUAUUUUCCCUGUAGUGGGUGCAACCCCUGCUGUUCCACCCUCAGGACACAGUGAGCUCUGUCCUUCCCCACAGCCCAGCCUGCCUUUCUCCCAGGAAGCAUCUGUCCCAGCCCUGCAGGAUAGGGAAUGCAAAGCCUCUGCCCUUCCACAGCACUGGGACAGCUGUGGGGCAGGAUCUGCUAGAGGAGAGGAGAAACAACAUCCAACAUCGCCUUUAGAAGCUGAAGGAGGUCCCAGUAAUCAACCUUCUGAAGCUGUGGCCUUGGAGAAGCACCAGCAGUCAGAGAGCAAAGAGCAGAGAUCCUGCAGAGCCUCCCCUGAGCAGAAAACAGCUGGAGCAGGACAGUUGACUCCAGCACUGCUUGAUGGCCUGAGAGAGGAGAGCUUGCAGCUUGUAUCAAAGCUAAAGGAUUCCUCAAGCUCCUGUGCUGUGGACGUGAGCACAAUGUGGUGGGGAGCAGCUGGCAGCAAGGAGCUGUGUGUGGUGACAGCCUGUGAGAGUUCUGUCUCCCUGUGGAAACCUCUGGCAUCUGACCACUGGGAAAAGCUCCACACUUGGCAGCUUGGAGAGAUUCCUGUAAUCCAGAUUGUUCCUCUGCCAGACACCUGCAAUCUCAUGUGUGUAGCACUAGGAGACCUGGAGAUUGGAGAAAUAAGGCUUUUGCUUUAUUCUACUGAGAAUGACUCAUUCAAGCAAUCACUAGUAAAAGCUGGAAAUAUAAAAGCUGUUCUUGGGCUACAGGAGAGGAGGCUGGUCAGCAGCUGCAGGACUGGGCAAGAACAGCAAGUGGAAAUGGUAUCUCUUGCAGAGACGGGAAGGAACAAGGAUGGACAGACUUUGAUGCCCCCUGAAGAAACGGUUUUAGCUUUUGCUGAAGUAGAAGGAAUGAGAGAGGCCUUGGUUGGCACCACUGCAGUGAACAGCAUCGUUGUUUGGAAUUUGAAGACAGGCCAGCUGCUGAAGAAGAUGCACAUUGGCUGUUCCUACCUGGCUUCCAUCUGCCACCGGGCGUACUCCGACUCGGGCCUCCUGUUUGUUGUGUUAAGCCAUCCCCACGCCAAAGAGAGCGAGUCCUGUGGAAGCCCCGCGUUCCGGCUGGUGGCGUUCAACCCCCGCACGGCCCGCGGCGCGGGGGUGCUGUGCUCCUCCCUCCCGCCGGGACAGGCUGGAAGGUACCUGGAGGGUGACGUGCAGGACACCUCUGCCGUGGCCGUGCUGACCUCGGGAGCCAUCGCGGUGUGGGACCUGCUGCUGGGGCACUGCACGGCCCUGCUGCCCCCGGGGCCCCAGGGCAGCUGGGCACUGGCCCGCUGGGCCACCAGCAGUGCCUGCCUGCUGGCCGGGCAGCGGGACGGGACUGUCUGCCUGUACCGGUACCGGCAGCCCCAGCCGGGGGCGGCCUGACGAGGGUCUGCAGCACCCGUGGGGCCUGGGGGGCAGCGGGGCUGCUGGUAGCUGGCUCUGCGGGGCUGGGCAGGCGCUGCCGGGUGCUCUGGUGUGUGCAGGGACAUU